AUGGAAAGAUUGAAAGAACUGAAGAGAGAGGUAGCUGCACAAGAACAGAAGUUGAAAUCGCUACAACAGCAACAACUUAAUUUGAAACAACGACAAAUUGGGCAGCAGCAACAGCCGCAACAGCCACAGCCACAACAACUACAAGAGCAGCUGGAACAACAACAACAGAAUUGUUCAGGUAUUGACAACAACAACAACCACAGCAACUUAAAUGUUAAAGAAGGUUCGAUUGUCUCAGUGAGUGCUGAACAAGAUGCCAUAAAUGCGUUGAUAUUCAUGAAAGAGAAAGAACUAGCCCUGGCUCUCAUGAAGGUUGCUGAACUGACCAGCCAACUCGAAUGCCUCAAGGGAAGUGAAGCCAUGAGUAUGGUGCUGUAUAUGUUGCAUAAGUUGGUAUUUUUUUUAGUCAUUGCUUUUCUUGGAAUAUUUAAAGGCUUGGUCUACCCUAUUACUAAACCGUCUGACUUUAAGUAG